AAAAACGUAAAAGAGGAUAUUAAUAACAGUAAAAACGCGCAAAAUAGUAAACCACGGUAUGAUAAUUAGAAUUUAUAAAUACCUACGCUCAAAGUUGUAAAGCCUCAGUUGAAAGUUCCCCAACUACCUGUUUCUGCUGUGUCUUCGAUCAGUUGUCUAUUGAAAAAUGGGUCAAAUGCUUGGUUGUAUUCAAGUAGAUCAGUCUACUGUUGCUGUGAAGGAGCAAUUUGGCAAGUUUGAAGAGGUGCUAGAUCCUGGCUGCCAUUGCCUGCCAUGGUGUUUUGGCUACCAAGUGGCUGGCAUCUUGUCAUUACGUUUACAGCAGCUCGAUGUCCGUUGUGAAACAAAAACUAAGGAUAACGUGUUCGUUAAUGUGGUUGCUUCUAUCCAGUACCGCGCUUUGGCCGACAAAGCAUCUGAUGCAUAUUAUAAGCUAUCUAACACAAAAGAGCAGAUCCAAGCAUACGUGUUUGAUGUCAUCAGGGCAAGUGUACCAAAACUGGAUCUGGAUUCCACUUUUGAGCAGAAGGAUGAUAUAGCUAGAGCUGUAGAAAGCGAACUUGAAAAGGCUAUGUCUGCUUAUGGAUUUGAGAUAGUGCAGACUCUGAUUGUCGACAUUGAGCCAGAUGCUCAAGUCAAGAGGGCCAUGAACGAGAUAAAUGCUGCUGCUCGACUCAGGGUUGCUGCGACUGAGAAAGCCGAAGCUGAGAAAAUCUUGCAGAUCAAAAGAGCUGAAGGAGAGGCUGAGUCCAAGUACCUAUCGGGGCUGGGUAUAGCUCGUCAGCGGCAGGCCAUUGUAGAUGGACUGAGGGAGAGUGUACUUGCCUUCUCAGAGAAUGUGCCUGGGACGACCUCUAAGGAUGUCAUGGACAUGGUCCUCGUCACUCAGUACUUCGACACGAUGAAGGAAAUUGGUGCUUCAUCCAAGUCCUCUGCUGUCUUCAUCCCUCACGGACCUGGGGCUGUCAAGGAUAUCGCUACACAGAUCCGCAAUGGCCUCCUUCAGGGCGAGAGCGCUAUGUCUUCUUAGACGGGCUCGUCUCGAUGCCCCGUUGUCCGUGUCCUGAAUUUGUGUAAUUACGUUGGUGUGCUUAUUUUUUCAUGUUUUUAGACGAUCAUAUUUAGCAUUUGAAGAUUUGUUUUCUCAUCAAAUAUGUAAUUAUGCUACUUUGGGUGCUGCUUUGGCUAUUGUGAGACGAAAUGUUAUAUUCCAGUAUGCAUAAGGGUUCGAGUUGUA